GAACGGAACCAAAAGUGAACAAAGUUGCAAGGCAGUCAGUUCGGUAAUAUAUAUACUAACCAUCCAUCGACCAAUGCUCUGCUGGGCCAACGAGGAUCAUUAUUUGAGCCAACGCUACCCGAAUCCGCAGCAAAAGGCGCCCGAAACGCUGAAGAACCUUCUGUUGCGAUCCAGUGUACCGAUACCAUGGAGCCAGGCGGGCGCUCCGCCCUGCAUGGAGCCCGUCAUGGGACCCUCGAUCCCGCCCAGAGUUGGCGCCGCCUACGAGACGCCCACGAAGCAUCCGUGGCGACCGGCGAUGGCCUAUGAGCUCAUCCAGGUGAAGCACCUGCCCGAGCAGCCGGUGACCAACCAGCUGACCAAGCAGUGCUUCCUGCCCAAGGGCAUGAAGACGGACGGCAUGAUCUUCCCCAAUCUGGUCACCGGAUUCGAUCGCAAUCCCCAGCACGCCGCCCGGGCGGCCCUCUAUACGCGUUACACCAGCAACGAGUGGUACAACAACAACAUGACCAAGUACUCCGAGUCCAACAUGAACCGAAACUUGUCCGAGCGCAUGCGCAAUGACGCAGUGCGUCUGAUGCGGGAGGCGGACGAGAAGGCGACCUCGGGCCAAAGGGACGCCGGUCGGCGGCUGGGCGAGCGGAUCACCGACCUGACCUUCUGGCGCAACGAGCUGAACGCCGAGCUGGAGAAGCUCAUCGCCGAGAUGUCGGACAUCAACGAGCUGCAGCGGCAGUGCGGCAAGGCGCUCCUCGACCUGGAGAUCCCCCUGCACAUCGCCCAGGAGUGCCUCUUCCAUCGCGAGUCGCGCCAGGGCACCGAGAAGGUGCACGACAUCGUCGAGAAGGCGCUGCUCGUGGAGAUCAACAAUCUGAGGAAUUCGCGCGACCGACUGGGCGGCCUCCAUGAGAAGAUCUCGAAGCAGGCGCUCGACUGCCGCGGCGCCCAGCAUCUGCUCGAGGACGACGUGGCCCACAAGGAGUCCUCGCUGGGCAUCGACUCGAUGUGCCACCAGCUGAACAACCACAGCCGCGGCAUCACCUACUACGGCGGCAUCGAGAAGUUCGAUCCCUCGGUCAGCACCCAGGAGUCGUGGGCCCAGGCCAGCAGCGAGCACGUUCGCCGUUCCCAGGCGGAGCGGGCGAAGCUCUCCCAGCUGCGCAGCGAUGCCCAGAGCGUGGUCAACUCGGUGGCCACCACCGUGUGGGACUUCUGGAGCAACACGAACAACGCCUUCGACCGGCGCUCGCAGGAGAUGGCCGAGGCGAAGAACCGGGUGCAGCUGCAUCUGCAGAAGGUGCAGCAGGAGCUGUUCGACAUGGAGAAGCAUCUGUUCCUGCUGCAGAAGGCCAUUCAGGACAAGUCGGGCCCACUGAAGGUGGCCCAGACGCGGCUGGAGGCCCGCUCGCAUCGCGAGGGCGUCGAGCUGUGCAAGGACCAUGCCCAGGAUCGGCUCGUCCAGGAGGUGCAGGACAUCCAGGGCGCCGUGGAGACGCUGCACCACAAGCUGCAGGAGGCGGAGGCCACGCACCAGGGCCUCCUGAAGACGCGCUGCACCCUGGAGGUCGAUCUGCGCAACAAGGUCAACGCGCUCUUCAUCGAUCGCGAGAAGUGCAUGAGCCUGAGGCGCUCCUUCCCGGUCAGCAAUCUGAUCAAGUACUGAUUCAGUUUCGGACUACGGAUUCCGAACUCCAGACUCCGAACU